GUUGAAAGGUGAAUUGUAUUAUAAUGUGAGUGUUAUGAGUUGCAAGCACUACAGUAUGUGCUCAGGUUUUUUUUUUUUUUGUAAUUUUCAGCAAGCGUAGGGAGAGUAAUUCAUUCAGAACACAUUGCUCUCUUGUCAGAUCACGUGAGCUGCAGGCACACGGGGAUCUCUGAAGUUAGUCUCCGUUUAGGCAACUUUGUCUUUUCAUCUAGUUCAAUAGACUGUGUGUUGGCCGUGAUGAGUACAUGACCUCAAACACCUUAGCGCACUGACUAAAGUAAUAAUCCCUGGAAUUCUGGUGGUUGGUUAAAAUUGCACCAAUUGAUCCGAGCUAUGACCUCAGCUAUGGAUCAAAACUACAGUUGGUGUAAUCUGCAUGGUAGUCACCACAAUCUUAUUUAUAGUUGAAGAGCUAUAAAUAGCUGUAGCGCAUGAAUGCAAGGGUGUCCAACUCCACUGUUGUUCAAGUCCCAGAAGGAGCACAGCCAUUCGACUUAAGAUGAACACGGAAGCAAAAGAAGCCAUUUUUCAAUCUGAAGAUGACUCGGAUCAAGAUGAAACAACCCAAUCUAUCAUAGAGGAAAGUCUCAUUGAAUACAGAAAGCUCAAGGGACUGAAUCCAAGUCAUCUGAAAGUUACCGAAGACCCUGAUGAUAUAUUCAAAGCGAUUGCGGAGGGUGAUGAGGGUGCAGUCAAACGACUAAUGGAACAACCAGAGGCUCUGUCCAAAGUUAAUGAGCAUGGGUGGAUCCCUCUGCACGCAGCUGCAGUGCAGGAGAGUAAACACAUACUCAAGAUCAUCUUUUCAGCUUCACCAUUUGGGGCUGCCCAAUGUCGCACAUUCAAGGGGGAGACACCAUUGUUUUUAGCGGUAGUCUAUGGCCGUAGGCACAACUCCACAUUCCUUUUACAAAAUGGCUGUAACCCCAAUCUCCAGGACGAUGAGCAAGAUUCUCCAUUAAUGGCAGCGAUUCUAAAUGACCAGUACGACCUGGCAACACUAUUGCUCCACUACGAUGCUCAAGUGGAUCAGCUAGGCCCGCUAAGCAGGACAGCGCUGCAUGAGGCUGCCUUCCUUGGCCUGGAGAACUUUGUCUAUCUGCUGCUUGAGUCCGGUGCCAACCCAAAUGCGUGUGACAUAAUGAAGAAAACACCACUUGCUCUGGCUACACAAAAUGGGCAUCUAAAUGUGGCGGAGCACUUGUUACUGAAAGGGGCAAAUGUUGAGUGUGAAUCCGAGUCUGGCAGUAUCUUGUUUGAGGCAGCAACAUCAGGAAACCCCGAUGUAAUAUCAUUGCUGUUGGACCAUGGAGCAGAUGCUAACUUGCCCUCAUACAGUGGCCACCUGCCAAUUCACUGUGCGGCAUACCACGGUCACAUACUGGCAUUGCAGCGUCUCAUCCCAGUGACUAAACUGUGUGCAAUAAAAGAGAGCGGGAUGAGUCCUCUUCACUCUGCGGCUGCUGGAGGGCAUGCACAUUGCUUGGAGGUGCUGCUCAAAGCUGACUUUGACCCAAACCAAAUGUUACACCCGAGGAUGCGACGCAACUAUGAUGAUGAACGCAAGUCUGCCCUUUUUUUCGCUGUCUCCAACAAUGAUCUUCAGUGUACUCGCCUGUUGCUGGAGGCAGGGGCAAUGAUGAACCAGGACCCUGUCAGUUGUUUACAAGUGGCAAUGAGACAGGGCAACUAUGAACUCAUCAAUACCUUGCUGAAGUUUGGGGCAAAUGUAAACUACUACUCUCGCGUCAACACCACCCACUUUCCCUCUGCCCUGCAGUAUGCAUUAAAAGAUGAAGUCAUGCUGAGAAUGAUUUUGAACCACGGCUAUGACGUAAAGCGAUGCUUCGAUUGCCCGUAUGGUGACAGUUGCCAUGACUUGGCUCCCUGGACAACAUCGGUCAUCAAAGAUAUGGUGUUUUGUGAGAUGAUAACAGUGUCCUGGCUCAAGCAGUUAUCUGCUCAGGUGGUGCGAAUCAUGCUCGACUACACCAACCAUGUCUCCUUCUGCGCCAAACUGAGGGAAGUCUUACAGGAGCAGAAGCAAUGGCCACAGAUCUGCCACAUCCAAAGAAAUGCGCGAAGCUUAAAGCACCUGUGCCGGCUGAAGAUUCGAGAGCACCUUAAUGGACUACGUUUGAAAGCACCUGUUUUCAUCACUUACCUCCCUCUUCCCCCCAUGCUGAAAGAGUACCUACGUUACAAGGAGUUUGAUGUGUACCACAGGGGCAGUACAGAUACAGUGUGUUCAGUCAUGUCAUAAACGCUUCAGUUCCAUUAUAUUGUACCAAGUUGCAUGACAUUGUCAUUCUCCAUGUGAUUAAAAGAGUCUUUAAUGGAUAUGAUCCAUGACUGUAUCACUACCCUACAGAUCGUGCCUACAGUAUUUUGCUCCUUAUAUUUGAUGCACGACCGCUCACAGUCGAUAGUCUUGAAUGGCACCCUUUGCGACAACCAAUGGCAAGUAUUACCAUUGACAACAUUUACAGUACAUAUUGUAUGGAUGUGGCAAAUUGAAACGAUUUGUGAAGAUGCCUCAUUCACUUGGUCCUUGGAGAGCUGUCAUCAACCACAAGAUGUUGGAUUAACACUGAACCAUUGUCUGUGAAUGUAUUCUGUCAGUCUAAUUCAAUUUUUCCGAAUAUCAUUUGAUGAUUUUAGGGCUAUUACAAUGGCCACAUCCAAUAUGGCAGAUGCGAUGACCAUAUCACU